GGCAUUUCAAGAAACUAAUUCCUAAGACAGGUCUGACAAUAGCAACAUGGAUGACAGCCACGAUGUUUCUAAUGUUGAGGAUUUUUAUAAGCUCUUAGAGAAUAUCUCUAAAUCUCUUGAAGAAAUGGAAGUAGUAUUGAAGUCUGCCUCUUCUAAUGGUACAAAAGAGUCCCUUGCAGAUAUUAAACGUUUCUUCAAUAUGUCGGUUGAUGCUGUUCUUUUGAAUGAUACUUUCUUAUCCCAGUUCAGAAAUGCUGCUGAACGCUUGGUUGACAAAACCAGUAUCCUUGGACAGGACAAGAAUGACCGUUUAAAGAACUUCAAUAAUGAGAUCAAUAGUAAAGUUAAUAAUUUAAGGGCUGCAGCUGAAAGAGAACAAAAGAGAACUGCACUUGAAAAAGCACGAAGGGUAAAUGUUGAAACUCUAGAGACUUACAGGAGUGCAUUUCAACCCCGUCGAGAUGAGAUGCGAAAGAUGGUUUCCAACCAUGAAGAACUGAAGAAAAAUCUUAGAGAUUAUGAAAAGCUGAUGAUAAAGGAGAUGCCCUCUUUCCAAAAAGGCUAUUCUCAACAAAAAAUUAGCAUUGAGACAGAGAUCAGUGGUUUUCAAGAGAAUGAAGAGCGUUUACAAAAAGAAAGCCAAGAAAUUGAAAAACUUCGUAAAGAACCUUCACUUGAUUGGAGUGGUCUGAUUAAUGCAUUUUAUAAUUAACUUUUCACGCUUUGUUUUCAGCUUAUCACUCUUAUAACUAUUUUCUUAAUUACUAUUGAAAGACUUCUACUACUAUUAUUCUUAAAAUAUUAGUUGGCUUGUAUAAUAAGUUUUACUACCAAGGAUCUCUUAUGUUGUGGAUCCAUUUUAUUCAUACUUGGCUU